CCCUAUUGGUUUGACAAAUAUUUUUUUCUCCGAAAGGUUCCACAUUUUUCAUACGUGAAGAGUUGAAUAACCUACAUUAUUUAUACUUAUCCCUCCUUCUUUGCUUGAUUCUCAAUUUCCGGGUUUAGUCCUUGUAGUCCCUCCCAAAAGAAGACGUCUCAAUUUUUUCAAACCCCCCUGGCCCCUGCCUUUAUAUUCGUUAUUAUGUAUUAGGAUGUGCAAAAGGAGAAAUCGCAUUGGUAGCCAAUUUAAUGGCUUAGAAUACUGAAAAAGAAAAGCAUAAAAAGAGAAAUAGUAGCCACUGAAGUUGAGCUGCUUUUUAUUUUAUGGUGAUAAGGAAAUUAAAUUUCACUUUCAUUUUCAUUUUUCUUUUUCUUUUUUUUUUUUUGCAAUUUAUGCAUGCAUACUCAAUUUCUUGCCUUAGAUUUAAUUGCAAAAUUAGAAAUUUUAGAUUAAGAAGUCAAGUAAAUUUAUAGGGGACAAAAUAACAUUUUAUCAAUAUUUUUGGGAGUCUAAAUGACAAUUUUAUCAAAUUUUAUAUGCAAAUAUAGAAUCUCAUUCCAAUUGAUAAUUAACUUAAUAAAAAUUCAACUACUGACCUUUUUUAGUAGUGGGAAUUGGGACCACAAAGACUUUGCCUUCGCUUUUUUAAUAAUGCUUGGCCGGUACGUUCUGAUGAGGGACAAUUAUGUCAGUUUAAUAAAAAUGAGGGGGAUCUAAUAAACGAGGAAGUAGAAUACUAAUAGGAAAAUAAGUAAGGGUAUAUUUGACAAUUCAAUUGUUUAAAUUAUUAUUUAUGCCAAGUUUUGGAGUCCUCCCUCCCGCUGCACUUGGAGCUUGAAAAUCCGUGACUUUGACAACCGGGGAAAAGAAGAAGAUAAAAAACAGAGAAGAGAAACAAUAGAAGAGAAUUUUUAGGAAAAAGAAAGAGAGAAAUCAAAGGCAAUAGCAUAGCAAUCUAGUGACGUCAGCUAAGCUCGAGGGGAAGUUGGAGCUCUACUUGGUCUUUUUCUUUUAUUCGGGGGGAAUCAAAAUAUAUGGGUUCAGAACAUGAAUUGCCAGCUGAUAGAAGUUAUAGCAAGCCUCUUGGAAUUCGAUUCUUGGAAUACAUUAAGAAAGCGAAGCUUUCCUAUGAAAGUCAUCAAGCCAUUGUCUUGAUUGUAACAUUUUUCGCAUACGCUAGCUAUCAUGCGACGAGGAAAACCACCAGCAUUGUCAAGAGUGCCCUUGAUCCCCAAUCAUCUGAUGUAGGCUUGAAGUUCCCGUGGAGGAUAACAUACCUUAGUGCUCCAGAAAGCAAAGGACUUUCAUGGGUUCUAGGAGAUGGUUGGGCGCCCUUUAAUGGAUCCGAUGGGACGGCCUUGCUUGGUCAACUUGAUGUGGCCUUUCUUUCAGUAUAUGCUUUAGGAAUGUACUUCUCUGGACACAUGGGUGAUAGAAUGAACCUAAGGAUCUUUCUGACAGUGGGAAUGGUUGGAACUGGCUUGUUUACUUCACUAUUUGGUGCUGGGUAUUGGGCUAAAAUCCAUAGCUUUUAUUACUACCUGAUAGUGCAAAUGAUUGCUGGGUUAUUUCAAUCGACGGGAUGGCCUUCGGUUGUUGCAGUAGUUGGUAAAUGGUUUGGGAAGAAGAAGAGAGGGCUGAUUAUGGGUAUAUGGAAUGCUCACACAUCUGUUGGGAACAUUACUGGUUCUUUGAUUGCUUCAGCACUAUUGAGCUAUGGAUGGGGUUGGUCCUUUGUUGUGCCAGGUCUGCUUAUUGCUUUCAUGGGCUUGGUGGUUUUCUUUUUUCUGCCUGUUAGUCCCGAAUCAGUCGGUGCUUAUAGAGAAGAAGAUGAAGUGGAUUCACUUAGGAAGAAUGAAGAGGAAGAGGGAGUUACGGAGCCUCUAUUAGGCUCAAAUACUGAGCUCAAGGAAAAAGCUGUAGGGUUCAUUGAGGCUUGGAAAAUUCCUGGGGUUGCUCCUUUUGCUUUCUGCCUCUUCUUUGCCAAAUUGGUCGCUUACACAUUUCUCUAUUGGCUUCCAUACUACAUUAGCCAUACAGCGAUUGAGGGUAAAUAUUUAUCCAAUGAGGCGGCUGGAAACUUGUCGACUUUUUUUGAUAUUGGAGGGGUGCUUGGAGGAAUCUUAGCUGGACACAUUUCUGAUCGUCUAGAUGCGAGAGCCAUAACUGCGGCAACUUUUAUGUAUUGUGCUAUCCCUGCUCUCUAUUUCUACCGUAGUUACGGACACGUUUCCUUGGUCAUGAAUGUAGCUCUCAUGUUCAUCUGCGGAAUGUUCGUAAAUGGCCCCUAUGCUCUUAUAACAACUGCUGUCUCGGCAGACCUGGGAACACACAGUUCAUUAAGAGGGAGCUCCAAGGCAUUGGCAACGGUAACAGCAAUCAUAGAUGGAACAGGUUCUGUUGGUGCUGCAAUCGGACCAUUAUUAACUGGUUACAUCUCUGCCGAGAGCUGGAGCGCGGUUUUCACAAUGCUCAUGGGAGCAGCACUAGUUGCAGGGCUACUGUUGACAAGGCUUGUAGUGGCCGAGGUGGCAGCUAGGAUAUCCGAAUCAAGGUCACAAGGAGGAUCACAAACACGAUCUGAAGCUCCAGAACUGGAUGUAUGAUUGAUUUUGUAGGGGCAACAUAAGCUCCACCUGUAUAAAUAGUGUGUGAUUUCAUAUUUUUCUUUGCUGUAGUUAUAAAAUGAAGAGAGGAAAAGCUUUCAUUAUGACUUGGCAAGGAGAAGAUUUUUUUAGCCUUCUCCAUGAUUCUAGUUAUGAUUACUAUGGAGUUUUUUAUUUUAUUUUUUAUUAUAGGAAUUAUUUGGAGGGAGAAGUUGGAGUAAAAGAAAAUAGAAGAGUAAUGAGAGAGUAUUUUCUCUGCCAAUCUGUAUGUACAUUCUGUAUGUUACACUAUAUUAAUUGAUGAAGGCAUCAUUCAAUCCUGUUGCUUAUUAAAAA